AUGGCGAAUGGUUUCAUUCCAUCCAGAGGAAGAAUGGAUCUGGAGGAUAUCGGGCAUGAGGUGUUUGUUGAAUUGCUCUCAAGGUCUCUCUUUGAAACCACGGAGAAAGAUGAAGAUGGCUACAUAAGGAAGUGCAAAUUGCAUGACGCUGCAUAUGAUCUUGCACGAUCGGUCAUGGGAGCUGAAUGUAUGAAAGCAGAGGCUGAGGAAGCACCCAAUUUUUCUCCGGAGAGGAUCCGUCAUUUAUCUUCUUCUGAUGUAACUUCAGCAGCAAAAGCUCUCGAGUCCUUGCACAAAGCUCAAAAAAUGCGCUCGUUCCUCUUGAUAUCGAAUUACGAUGAGAACACAAGUCAUUAUAGAAGGUUGCUGUUUCCUCAUUACAUCUCUGAGUUCAGAUUCUUGCGCGUGUUGGAUCUGAGACACACUGACAUUAAGAUUUUGCAAAUUCCAAUGGACAAUUUGAAACAUUUACGGUACCUGGAUCUAUCUUAUUCUUACAUUGAAGCAUUGCCCGAAUCCAUUAGCAGCCUCCAAAACUUGCAGACAUUGAAAUUAAGAGGUUGUGUGUUGCUUCGGGAGUUACCCAAGAACAUGAAGAACAUGAGGAGUACUAAGUAUAACAAAAGUGGAAAUUCGACUAACGCCAAAGAAGCGAAUUUGAUUGCCAAGCAGAAUCUCCACUCGUUAGAAGUAUCUUGGUGGGAGAAUAAUAAUGUUACCAUGAGAGGAAAUGAUGAGAAGGUUCUAGAAGGCCUCGAACCCCACCCAAAUCUGAAAAGAUUGGAUAUAAGCUAUUACAGCAGAAUCAAAUUUCCACAUUGGAUGAUGGACUCAGCGCUCAUGAACUUGGAGAAGAUUUCACUAAUCAUGUGUAAACAAUGUGAGAUUCUCCCACCAUUUGGACAACUACCUUUCCUCAAGGUACUUGUAAUAGCUCACAUGAAUGGUGUGAAGUGCAUUGGUGCUGGCUCGUCGAAAGCAUUCCCUUCGUUGAAGGAACUCACUUUGAAAGGGAUGGCCAAUUUGGAGGAAUGGUCAGGAUUCGAGGGAAGAGAAGCAUUCCCAAGCCUUCGCAAAUUGACCAUCGACGGAUGUCCUAAGUUGUCUACCUUGCCAUGGCUUCCAUCUCUUGAAGAAUUAGUUAUAAGAGAUAGCAAUGGGAAUGUAUUAAGGUCUGUGAUGAACCUCACCUCACUUUCCUCUCUUUGCUUGGAUGUAUUUCCAGAGACUGUCACAUGGUGUACAUGUUAG